GGGACAGCUGCUGCUUACAUUUGCUUCUGAAACAACCGUGUUCACUAGCAACCACAAACAGACACCAUGGUGCAUCUGACUGCUGAAGAGAAGAGUCUUAUCUCCAGCAUGUGGGGCAAGGUGAAUGUGGAUGAAGUUGGCGGUGAGGCCCUGGGCAGGCUGCUGAUUGUCUACCCCUGGACUCAGAGGUUCUUUGACUCCUUUGGGGACCUGUCCACUCCUGAUGCUGUUAUGAGCAAUGCUAAAGUGAAGGCCCAUGGCAAGAAGGUGCUGAACUCCUUUAGUGAUGGCCUGAAAAACCUGGACAACCUCAAGGGCACCUUUGCUAAGCUCAGUGAGCUUCACUGUGACAAGCUGCACGUGGAUCCCGAGAACUUCAAGCUGCUGGGCAACGUGUUGGUGUGUGUGCUGGCCCGCCACUUUGGCAGGGAAUUCACCCCAUUGGCUCAGGCUGCCUACCAGAAGGUGGUGGCUGGUGUGGCCAAUGCCCUGGCCCACAAAUACCACUGAGUUCUCUUUCUUGCUUUCAAGGCAAAGUCAUUUGGUCCCCGGACCCCAACACUUGAACAUGGGGAAAUUGCGAAGUCCUUUGAGCAUCUGGUUCCUGACUAAUAAAGAACAUUUAUUUUCUAUGUA